AUGGGCCCCUGUACCGCCUCCUCAAUGCUGCUGCCAGGCCCGUAAUCUGCCAUGGGCCCCCGUACCGACUCCUCAUGCUGCUGCCAGGCCCGUAAUCUGUCAUGGGCCCCUGUACCGCCUCCUCAUGCUGCUGCCAGGUCCAGAGUGUGUCAUGGGUCCCUGUACGGCCUCCCAUUGCUGCUGUCUCCAUCGCCAGACUCUGCCAUGUGCCACUUUCAGGUCUCCUCACACUGUGGUGGGUUCCAUUUUGUCAUAAGGUGCUGUAUGGCCUCCCAAUUGCUGCUGCCUCCACCGCCACACUGUGGCUCACACUCUGGUUUUGGCCCCGUGACUGCCCAAAUGAGUGAAGUGUGCGGUGAUUUCUAAGAUCGACGGCACUCAUUCUGCAUGUCAUACUGACUGACAGUAUUAGUUCUCUUCCCCAGCAGACUCCAAGGGCAUUUAAAUUAAAGGUACAGUGUUCUGCACUAAUAUAA